GUCACAGGGAAGGCAGAAAAGGGGUGCGAGAGGAAAGGUGCAACAAGAAACGUUUUGGUGAAAAAUGUCACUUGACUUUGACAGUGCAGCUUUGCAGAUGCAACACGAUGAAGAAGAAUACGACCAGGAGGACUACAUGAGGGAACAAGAGUUGCAGAAACUGCUGACAGACCUUCCCCAUGAUAUGCUGGAAGACAGUGAUCACCUCUCCAACUUCUCCGACUGUAGCACACCUAAGGAGCAUGAGCAAGUACAUGGACCCUGGGAUCAGGAGGCCAGAUGGAACGAUCAUCCGAUUGCAGCCAACCCACAAAGUGGUCUGAACUUGUAUGCUGAGCACUUCCUAUAUGAUCAUGGUAACAUCCAAGGUGAAAUGCAUGCCAGCGAGUGGCCGGACCACCACAGUGUGGAUGAAGAAAGAAAUAUGUAUGAGAUCUCUGGCAGAGCCAGUGAUGAUGGGUCAGACGAUGUAUAUCUUGGAGGAGAUGGCUACCAAGCACCAAACCACUACCCCCAGGAUAAUACAUACCAUCUUCCAGAAAACUUUAAACCGUCAUACACGAAUGGGCACCAGCAGGAUUUCAGUAACCAGCACAAAACAGCCAACCUGGUGGAUACCAAGAAAGAACACAUGAAGACUACUAACAGCCAAUCUGUGGAGCCUUACAAAGUAAUCUAUAAACCCUGCCAGAAUAAUAUCCAGAAACCAGUUGCUAUUUCUCCAGAUACUUCUAGAAGAAUCGAGGCAUUUGAAGACCUGCAGCAUGAAUUUCUGGGGACUGGUGAGAAUGCUUCAGACAAUGUGCAGAUUCUCCAGCUUCAGGUUCUUAACAAGGCAAAGGGGAGGCAGCUGGAAGAAUUUAAUAAACAACUGGAAGAGAGAGCACAGCAGAUUAGGUAUCUGUCUCAUCAGCUUUCGAUUGUCAAAGAUGAAAAGGAUGGCAUGUGCCUUAGUCUCCAGGAGAGUCAAAAACUCUAUCAAAGUGGCAAAGAAAGGGAAGUUCAACUUGAAGGCCAGAUAAAAGCUCUUGAAGCACAAAUUCAAACUCUAGUGGCCAAUGAGGAGAAGCUCAUCAAACAAACCAAGGUAGCAGAGACAGCUAUGGAAAGCACGCAGCAGCAGCUCAUGGAACUCCGGCGCUCAGAGGCUCUUCAGCGCACAAGAGAGCAGCACGAGGCCAUCGUCACCGCCCUCAAGCAGAAGUACGAAGAGCAGGUCGUUUCUUUGCAGGAGAAACUUGAUGCCAGGUGCUCGGAGCUGCAGGAGCAGACAGAACUCUGCUGUCAUCUAAGGGCGCACAUGAAACAACUUGAAAGAACUCUAGAAGAAAGCAAAUUAGAAAAAAAUGCAAUCAUCAACCAGCUCUCAAGAAGCCUAGAAGAAAGCCAAAAUCAGUGUGCAAACCUACUGCAAACAGGUUUGGUGCAGGAGACACAUCAGUUACGCUUGCAGCUUCAGCAAGCCCAGUCAUCACAGCUGAUAAGUAAUGAAAUGAAUAAGGCUCUGCAGGAAGAACUAAAAGAACUAAAAGAAGAACUAGUUUUGUAUGAAUCUGCUGCAAAACAUGGUGUAUAUAUCAGUGACCCCGGAGGAAAAUUAAAUGUAGACAUGACUGAUUCUUAUGUGGAUUUGGGUAUUAAAAAGGUCAAUAAGAAAACCAGACUUCACAGCGAUGCACAGAAUAAAGAAAUGGAUAAAGAACUCUGUAAAGAUGAGAUCAUCUUGGAGCUGAAGGCAGAAAUGGAGCGUUUACUGAGCAGUAACAAAGCAAAGAGGUACCGGGUUUCCCAACUACAGAAUAAUCUCAAAGAGUGCCAGAGGACGAUAGAAGAGCUGAAGCAGCUGGCUAAAGGAAGAAAUAUAGAAAGUCCAUCAGGUGUCCUACAGUCCAAUAUAUCUGCUAGUGAAAAUAAUCUCAAAGAAGACCUUCUGAGGCUCCAGAAGGAAAACCAGGUUCUACAGCAAGCAGUCGAGGAACUUGAAGAAAAUGAGGAAAAGCUGAAAAAAAUAAAUCAGGACCUUUGUAGUCAAAUGAGACAGAUUGUUCAGGACUUCGAUCGUGAUAAACAAGAAACCAUUGACAGGUAUGAGAGAACCUAUCGGCAACAUUAUGAAGACAUGAAGAAAAAGUAUUGUGAAGAGUUCACGGAAGAGCAUGCUGCAGAAAAAGAAAAACUCAUCCGUGCUUAUGAUGAGAGCAUUGCACAGUUAAAAGCUGAAAUUGAUGAGGUGAACAAAGAGAUGAUGACAGUAAAGGAAUGUUACAUCACAGUCUGCAGAGAGAAGGAUGAACAGGAAGCUGCUCUGAGGGGAAUGUUUGAACGAGAACAACAACUGAAGGAAGAGAACUUCAAGAAACAGCUACUGGAGGAAAAAGAAAAAUCCUUGAAUGGCUUGAGGGCUGAGCUAGAAGAAACACACAAGAAUUCUGUCCUGACAGCCAAGGCCCAGUGGCAGGAAGAAAAAGAAGCUGACAUGAAACAGUGUGUUGAGAAUGAAGUGGAGAGAGCCAAAGCAUGCUGGGAGAGAGAACACAAAGAGACCAUAGACCAAGCUAUUCGGGAAGUUGAAAAAGAGUGGCAGCAUAGACUGGAUCAAGCUCUGGAAGAAGGCAAGAAAACAGUUGUGGAACGUAAAGAUUGCUGCUGCCAAACACAGCUAGUGACCAUUACAGAUGAAAUGCUGAGCCAGCUGUUGGCGAAGGAAGUUGAGAAGCAAACACCGACCUUGCAGGAGGCACUGAAAGAAAAGGAAAAGUCCUUGAGAGAGCAUGAAGCAAAUUUGGAAAUGAGACAUCGUGAGAACAUUGCCCACCAGGUGGAAUUGGCUCUGACCAAGGCUCGUGCCAGGUGGCUGCAAGAACUGACUGAGCUAGAGGAGUAUAAAACUCAUCUGAAAGCAGCUCAGGAAAAAUGGGAGAAGGACUACGAAGUCAACACAGCCAAACAGGUAUCUCUGGCUGUUUCAGCAGCUGAAGAGAAAUGGAAGAAGGAGCUUGAGAGCAGUGACCAAACUAGAGUGAGGACUAAAGAUCUGGAAGAGAAGAUCCUUUCCCUUAAACGAGAGCUGGAGCUCAAGAAAGAAGAAAUCCCUGCCAUUGUUAAAGCAGAAGUGGCAAAAGCGCGGACUCUGUGGAACAAGGAAAAGCAAGAGGAGAUCCUUGCAAUCCAGGAACAAAACGAAAAAGAUUAUCAUGCCUUUUUACACGACCACAGGAAUAAAAUCAACGAGUUGCUGGCCAAGGCCAAGGAGGACUUUGCAAAGCAGAAGGAAGAGCUGCUGGAGCAAAAAGAGGCAGACCUGAAGGUGUGCUUGGAGAGGAAGCAGCAAGAAUGGGCCGUUCAGGAAGCCAAGAGGUUCCAAAAUGAAGUUUGCCAGUAUGAAGACAGGGCUCUGAUCCAGGUGGAACUCCUCUUAGACGAAAUGCACAAGGAUUUUGUUAGAUGUGCAGGGGAUAUGCCAGCUUGGCAGGCCGAGUGGCAAACUGCUCCCCACAUUCAAAGCAACCUCCGGUUCAAAGACAGGCUGAUGCUGUGUCUGCAGAAGGUGUAUACGAAUGCUGUCUCUUCUGUCCUAGAAAAAGCCAAACAAAAGGGGAACAAGACACUUGAAGAUUCGGACUGUGAUUUCAAAGGUCCAGAGCAGAGUGUCUUGCAGAGUGGCGAAGGAGAGAGAGAGAGCAAAGCUUGGCCGGCCACGUGUGAUGUUGGAGAGCAAGCAGAGCUACAAAGAAGGUUAAGGAAGCCGCCAUCUCUUCAGGAGGCUGAAAUGGACAAUGAUUCAAAGUCCCUCUUGCCUCAAGAAGACUUUUGCUGCAAACGCUGCCUUCAGCAGCUUGAAAGAAAGGAAAGGGAAUGUCAGGAUUUGAGAAGGAAGCUUGACAAAGCAUGCAGGCAUCUCCAGCUGACAGUGAAGGAGCACAGAGCAAAAGCAGAGCAAUGGCAAGAAAAUGAAAAAAUGGUGCAGACGUUAACAGAGGAAAAUGUUUCAAUGAAGAACCGACUCGAAGAUAUGAAACCGGGCAGUGUCCAACCAAGAUCAUUGUCCGAGGGCUGUGUGUCGAAACCUUGCACUUCCUGUGAUGGAAAAGCCUUGGAAGAAAUGCGUUCCCAAUAUAUAAAAGCUGUGGGCAAAAUUAAGAGCGACAUGCUUCGUUAUAUUCAUGAAAGCAAAGAGAGAGCGGCAGACAUUAUUAAAGCAGAAGUGUUGAGGGAACGCCAGGAGACCGCCCGGAAAAUGCGCAAAUAUUAUCUGAUUUGUCUUCAGCAGCUUCUGAUUGAUGAUGGAAAGAAUGAAGGGGCUGAGAAGAAAAUAAUUUGUGCUGCUAGCAAACUUGCUACCAUGGCCCAAAUCCUAGAAACUCCAGUGCGUAACUCACCGCAGAGCACAGCUGCUCGCUCAGCCCUGUCCUGCAAUUCCAAGCCAUUCCCCGGGGCUGAGGAUCCUAAAGGAAAUCAUGUGCAGCAGCCUAAGCAAGGCCCUGCAGAGGUUCAGGCUGGGGGCAGAAGCAUUGCCCAAAAGGCCAACCAUCAUGUUGGUCAGAAACGUAUACCUUGUAGCCUAAGGGAGCAGCUUGAUGCUGAAAGCCCACCUCCUUUGCCUUCCAAUACCCUGGCUAGUGGGAAGACUUUCAAACAACUGGACAAUGUUUUGGUAGGUGCAGUAACCUCAGCAGCGGCUUCCCACAGGGACAGGAAUGCAGACAAAGGUCUGUCUCACACUGUUGAUGCUCCGGCGUUCCAGAAUCGUUCCCCUCGCAUUUCUCAAACAAAGUUCCAAAAUAUGAAUCCAGCUAGCUGUAGUGAUGGCAGAUCUGACUCUAGGGGAGCUCAAGUAAUGCCUCAGAACCAAAACGAAAGGAGAGUCUUAAAAGAAGUCGGGUGCCUCCAGUCCACCAGGUAUCAGAAGCCAGUUCCUAGGAAAGCUAAUGGCUUUGAUGUUCAGGAAACUCCAGUAAAGGAUGACGGAAGCUCUGCCAAUUGUAGCCUGGUUACUGAGCCUCUGCACUUGGAAAGCAUGUCUUUUUACCCUGCUCAGAAAGCACAUCCUAGCACACAAGUUGAAUUCUGCCAACAGUUUCGCACAGCAAACCAAUUUUCUCAAGGCCAGGAAGGUGCUGCUGGUUUUUACCAACAAGCCAGCAGUCAAAGAGACAAGGUUCUUGGCACUACAGACCAAGCCUUAAAUUGCAGCGAAGGCCAUCGGAAGGUGAACCUGAGUCACGUGCCAUGUCAGAAUCCAGGCAAAUUAAGUCCUCGUGCUCAGCAAAGUGAUGCAAUGUCGUGUUUGAAUGCAGGAAGAAGCUACAACUUGCUGCAUUCAAGGAAACAGAUACAUGAUGUGAAGGAUUUUCAGCAGGACAGUGGUUUUGACAGCCCCCAGAUUAACUUUGAUUAACAUCAGAGUCUCUCUGAACAGUCUCCGUAAAAGAGACACUUUAAAUAUAUUUGAAAGAAAGUCAUGGAAGGAGCAGCCGAUUGUGCCACAAACUUCUGAGGUGCCUUUUUAUGUUUAUUGCCUUCCUAAUUUGACUUACAUGAACAAACC